CUAAAUAAUUUUACAUUUUCAUUUUCAAGUACUUCAACGACGUUUGUUACCAUCGAAAACACAUCUGCGUUAAGUGUUGAUAAUUUGGUUUGCGAACCCAUAGAAGGAUUCGAAACAGAGCAACCAAUUGCUACUUCUUAUACGCUACCCGGUCCCAGUACUGCAAUUAUACACCGGAGUGAAGAUCGUGCAUUUGACCCACUAUUUGACCGCGAUGAACAUGUAACAAUGAACGACGUUAUGCAAAAGAUUGACAUGGCAAAAAACGAAAUUAUUUCUACUGUGCAGCAGACGAUGGAAAGUUUGGUUACCAGAACUAUAUCAGUUAUAAAAAGUGACUUCGACACUAAAAUCCUGCAUUUGCAAAAUUCAAUACGGCCAACAAGCGUUGUAUCAAAGAACUUUUCAUUUUCAUUAGUUUGCACUAUCGAACAAUUACAAGAGCUGGAUUCGAAGCUCGAAGAUCAUCUAUACACAGAAAACGUGAAAAAAUAUAUGAUGGACAAGAUAAGCAAUGUUGCAGAUACAGUCAAUGGGCAAAAUACAUGCUACGAGCUUGUUGAUCAUUUUUUUGAUCGAAAGCUAAUGUUGAAAUGUUCAUGGACCGGUGCAAGCAAAAAUGAAAACCCAAAAUGUGCACUACGUUUGUAUAAAAACGUUCUCAACACAUUUUUCGAAAUCGUCAAGGGUAUCAAUUCAAGCUUUAACGUCAAAUUGAUGGAACAUUUUUUCAAGUCAGUCACGAGAAAUUCUAAGAAGCGUUGUGAAGCCAAGGGGUUGCGCUGCUCGACCGUUCACCGGAGAUCAAAAAAAAAGAUCACUUCCGUUGCAAUCACCUUAGUUGAGUACUAG